CAAGAAAGCCUCCCUUACGCGGCCUGGUGCCAGCUGGCGGUGGCGCGCUGCGCCCAGAGCCUGGGCCACCCGGCGGGAGAGGCAGCAGCGCUGGCCGAGGCGGCGCGUCUCUGGCUGCGCCACGAGCGGGAGCUCCGUCUGCGGCAAGGCCCCGGCUUGGGCCUCUCCGAGUACCUGCCCGCCGCCCACGGCUGCGUGGCCUUUGCCGCCCGCCUCCACGUCGACUUGGGCCAGCCGGCACUGGCGGCCGGACUGUGGCUGGAGCUGGGCAACGAAUUGCGCUCCGCCGGCGAACCGAGCCAAGCCGUUCCGGCUUUCCUGCGCGCCGCCGACCUGCUGGCCGCGGGCCACCUGCCCUUGGAGGCCCUGCACGGGCUGCGCGACGUGGCCUCCUGCCUGCUGCUCAGCCGCGACUACGACGGUGCCCUGGCGAUGUUCACGCAGGCCCAGCAGCUGGCCCAAGGGGGCGGCGGGCCCUCGACCAACGCCCCUGCCUCUUCUUCAUCCUCCUCCUCUUCUUCGUCCUGCGGCGGAGCCCCCUCGCUGCCCGGCGCCUUCCUCGACCACGUGCUCCACUGCGAGGUCACCCGACUGCUGCUCUUGCUCCUGCUGCAGCCUCCGCCGUCCAAGCUGUUGCCCGAGCACGCCCAGAUCUUGGAGAAGUACUCUUGGGAAGCUCUGGAUGCCUCCUCGGGGUACGUCCCUCCAGAGCUUUUCUUGCUCCUCCAGUCCGCCGUGAUGGCCUGCCAGGAAAAAGACUUGGAAUCACUGAAGGUUUUGCAGAAGGAACUGUGGCCACUGCUGACGGCGGAGCAGAACAACCUGCUGCACUUGGUGGUGCAGGAGAUGAUCACCCCCUCCGGUCAGGGGUUCUGACUGUUUGGUGUUCCUCAUGGUAGUUUUCCAAUGCUGCAUCCGUGGAUAGAUCUUGAGAAACAGUCAAAAAAACUUGAGCGGAACUUCCUGCAUUAAUCAGUGGGAAGGAGGUGAAACUUACCAUUUUUGUUCCUUUGUGCAUUAAAUGCCACUGAGCUUCCCACAGAAUGAAGUGAGGACACUUAGAGGCCCCGAAUAUGUUGGAUUAUAUCUCCCACCAUUUUUAAAACUUUUUUUUUUGCCGGUGCCAGAGGGAGUUUUGUUCCGACAUUCCAGGUUCUUUCUACCUUGUCAUUCCUUGAACUUAAAUUAC